AUGGGAUAUGAAAUUGUGGGGAGCUGUAAUGGGCUUGUCUGCCUUCUUGAGAUGAUCAAACCAAAUAGAAUUCAGUUGUGGAACCCAUCCACUAGAAUCUCCAAGAAACUUCCAGAAAUUUCUAGUCCCGGCAAGGAUGGUGGGAAGCUUUACUGGAAGAACAGAAGUGAUGAUGCUAUUUAUUUCUUGGACUUGAAGAGUGAGGUGUUUGGAAAGAUUGAGAUUCCCUUUGAUCAAGAGAUGUUUGGAGAGAUUGAUCAAGAGAUAUAUGGAGAUUCUGAACUAGAGAAGUACGGCGUUGUGGGUGUGCUUGGUGGUUUCCUUUGUGUGCUAUGUUUUGAUUAUCAAAUUAGAGGCUAUCGAGUUUGGGUUAUGAAGGAGUCUUGGGAGAAAGUGGAGACUCUUUCUCAUCUUCUUGAGCUUCUUCAACCACCAUUGGUGAAAGGUCUAAAUGGAGAGAUUUUGGUGAAUUGUGGAUCCAUUGUGGUGGUUUACGAUUGUCGGGAUAAUGUGUUCCGCAGCCUCAAAUUGAGGGAUAGAAGGCUGACGCCGGUGAUAGCAGACGACGGCGGGACGGCCGGAGAAGGUGGAACCGAACAGAUUUUGGAGAGCGCCGAGCGAACAGACCGGAGACGAUGGUGGCUGAACGGCUGA